UUUCCAGCAUUGCUCAGCCUGGGCAGGAGAAACAGCUCAUCCCGACCCCCAGGGCCAGGAAGGGCCCCGCCUCUCCCCAGACACCGCCGUGCCUCCGUGCAUUGUCCCACGGCGGCAGCACGGUGACGGUGGGAACAGCCCGCCCAGCAGCAGCAGCCGGAGAAGGCAGCGGGGACUGGGACGGGGACGCAGCGGGAGACCAGAGCCUCCAGCCGGUACCGACCCGAGAGGCACCGCAGUAGCAUCAGCAGCCGCAUCCCUCACCUGCCGCAGCUUGGAGACCAGUGCAAUAGCUUGUGCCAUUCAAAUACUGUUGAGAGCGACUGGACUUGGGCAGCCGCUGGAGUUCAGCUUCUCCUUCCCAGCAAGGUCUAACAGUAUAGAAUGGCACCUGGUAUAGCAGCUGAGAAGAAGACUGAGGAUGAACAGUCUUCAAAAGAUAACUUAAUUCAUCUCUCCAACCCUCACCUUGAGAAAAUGAAAGAUGAUAUCCUGUACCAUUUUGCUCUUGGGACUGGCACCCAUGAUUUUCCUGCCUUGUUUGGAGAUGUCAAGUUUGUAUGUGUUGGAGGAAGCCCUUCACGGAUGAAAGCUUUUAUCACCUACAUAGCUGAAGAGCUUGGACUUGGGAGUGUCGGUGCUGACUAUCCCAACAUCUGUGCCGGAACUGACCGUUAUGCAAUGUACAAAGUAGGACCCGUGUUAUCAGUCAGUCAUGGUAUGGGCAUUCCCUCUAUCGCAAUCAUGUUACAUGAGCUGAUCAAGCUGUUAUAUCACUCCAAGUGUUCCAACGUAACCAUUAUUCGCAUUGGCACCUCUGGUGGAAUAGGUCUGGAGCCAGGCUCAGUGGUAAUAACCAGUCAAUCAGUAGAUGCUACCUUCAAGCCUCAAUUUGAACAGGUUAUCCUGGGAAAGACUGUAAUUCGCAGUACCAACCUUGAUGACCAACUAGCUAAGGAGUUGAUGCAGUGCAGUAAGGAGAUAAAUGAAUUCAAUACAGUCAUUGGAAAUACUAUGUGCACUUUGGAUUUCUAUGAAGGCCAAGCCCGUCUGGAUGGUGCAAUCUGCUUAUAUGCUGAAGAAGAGAAACUGCAGUAUUUGAAGGCAGCUUAUGAUGCUGGAGUCCGAAACAUUGAGAUGGAAUCUUCAGUUUUUGCUGCUAUUUGUAAUCUUAGUGGUGUCAGAGCUGCUGUGGUGUGUGUCACACUUCUGAAUCGACUUGAAGGGGAUCAGAUUAGCAGCUCACACGAUGUGCUUGUGGAGUAUCAGCAGAGACCGCAGAAAUUAGUGGGACACUUCAUUAAGAAAUGCCUUGGGAAAGUGUGAUGUACCCACCCCUUUGCUGAUUAUUAGCAGAAAGCUAGUAUUUCAUCUGACUUGAAAUAAUGCUCAUAACUAUAAAUGCCUAUAAAAGCUCUUUUUUACCUCAGGAUAGCUUACACCAACCAAAAUGCACAAAAGCUAAUCAUUAGUAGCUGUAUGUUUCAGUAGCAGAAUAUGCUGAAUAAUUUUAAAUGAAGAUUUACCUUAUUUAUAUUAUAUUAGAGGACAUACGGUUUUACACUUUUCUGUAUACAGUAACUCCUCGCUUAACUUCAUAGUUAUGUUCCUGAAAAAUGCUACUUUAAAUGAAACAAUGUUAAGCAAAUCCAGUUUCCCCAUACGAAUUAAUGUAAAUAGGCGGGGUUAGGUUCCAGGGAAAUUUUUUUUGCCAGACAAAAGACACAUUUAUAUGUAUGUGUAUAUAUAUAAAUAUGUCUUUUGUCUCGUGAAAAUUUUUUCCCUGGAACCUGUUUGGUUGGUGUAACAUUUUUCAGGAACACGCACACACACACAGUAUAAGUUUUAAACAAACAGCUUAAUACUGUACACAGCAAUGAUGAUUGUGAAGCUUGGUUGAGGUGGUGAAGUUAGAGGGUGGAAGAGGGUGGGAUAUUUCCCAGGGAAUGCCUUACUGCUAAAUGAUGAACUAGCACUCGGCUGAGCCCUCAAGGGUUAACUCAUUGUUAAUGUAACCUCACACUUUACAAGGCAGCAGGAAUGGAGGGAGGAGACACAGCAUGACAGAGAGAGACAGAGACACACCGUGUGUGUGUGUGUGUGAGAGAGGGAGAGACUGAGACACACACGAUGUUUGUGAGAGAGACAGUCGUGCAUUGACCCUUUAAGUAUGCUGACCCCAUUCUAAGUACAUUGCCUUUUAAAGUAGAUCAGCAAGUUGAGACAGCAGCUGCUGCCAGCAAGCUUCCUGAGCCCUGUGGUGUGCACACUGUUCUGUGGAAAUGGGGUAUGGGAGCAGGGGGAGGGGGACACCCUGACAUUAGCACCUUGCUUCCUCCCCAUGCACGGCAAGCAGGAGGCUCCUAGGAGCAGCUCCAAGGGAGAGGGCAGGAGAAGCACAUGGCAGUGGGUGGAGGGACAGCUGAACUGCCUGGCAAUUGAUAGUCUGCUGGGUGGCUGCCGCAGAGGGAACUUAGCGGAGCUGCUAGGGGGGCUGCCAGUCAACCCUGGUUCCACCCUGGUACCAAGCAGGCCGUUCUUUCUACAAGCACUGGACAAAGCAGGUGGCUGCCAAAAAACAUUAUAAAGAAGCAUUGCACAACUUUAAAUGAGCAUGUUCUCUAAUUGAUCAGCAAUGUAACAACUAAACAUUGUUAACUGGAACAACGUUAAGUGAGGAGUUAUUGUAUAAGAAAUUAGCCCUAAUGUGCAGGAUUAGACAAUAGUAAUAUAUAAAAAUGCUUUAUUUAUUCACUCUAGCAAGAAGAAUAUAUUAAGUAUUUGCGAAGCCAAACAUUAAAAGUAGCUUCAAAAGAAGAGCUAAAUUCAUUACCUCAAAAUGCCAUGUAAAUAGUUAUCACAGCCUUUUAUACUCUAAUUUCACACAAGUGAUCUGGCAAAAAUAAGGUGUACUGUAAAUCCUUACUGUGUUUCAUAUUUAGUAAUCUUUGAGUAAACUGCAUUAUUUUCAUCUCAGUAAAAAAAUCAUGAAAUGACUAAGUCUGGGACUGAAUUUCCACACCAUUCCUCAGCUUCCAAGUCAUGAUUAAAUAAGGCCAUUUGUAUGUAA